CGGGCCCCAGGCGCCGGGAGCAGCAUGGCGGCGUGGCGCGGGGCCGCGGGCCUGCUGCUGCUCUGUCUCCUGGCGGCGCCGCUGCCCGACGGCGCCUGUGGCUCGGAGGCGGCCGGGACGGCGGAGUCGCCGGGCGGCGCGGGCUCCGGGGAGCGGUUUAAGAUCGAGGGCCGGGCCGUGGUGCCCGGCGUGAAGCCGCAGGACUGGAUCGCGGGGGCUCGGGUGCUGGUGGACGGGGAGGAGCACGUCGGCUUCCUGAAGACAGAUGGCAGCUUUGUGGUUCAUGAUGUACCUUCAGGAUCUUACGUGGUGGAAGUUAUAUCCCCUGCUCAUAAAUUCGAGCCUGUGCGAGUUGACAUAACUUCAAAAGGCAAAAUGAGAGCCAGAUAUGUGAAUUACAUCAAAACCUCUGAGGUUGUCAGGCUGCCAUACCCGCUCCAGAUGAAAUCUUCUGGACCUCCUUCCUACUUCAUAAAGAGAGAGUCUUGGGGCUGGACAGACUUCCUCAUGAACCCCAUGGUGAUGAUGAUGGUUCUUCCAUUACUGAUAUUUGUGCUGUUGCCUAAAGUUGUCAACACCAGUGAUCCUGACAUGAGACGGGAAAUGGAGCAGUCCAUGAACAUGCUGAAUUCCAACCAUGAGCUGCCAGAUGUCUCUGAAUUCAUGACAAGACUUUUCUCUUCAAAAUCUUCAAGCAAGUCUGGUAGCAGCAGCAGUAAAGCAGGAAAGAGUAGUUCUGGAAAAAGGAGGUAGCUGAGUCGUCCUCCCAAGCCUGGUUUGCACAACUCUUUGCCACACAAUACUAUGUUUCUUUGUCUUGAAAGAUCAAACCACCACUACUGCACCCUUGAAUCAGGCACAGAACACACAGUGUGCUGCAGCUGUGCUGUCUGGCUGCUUUCAGUCUGUAUAAGCUGGUUUAUACUUGACAGUAAGCAAAAGAGGGCCAUGGCUUCAGUACUGUAUCUGUAGAGUUAGUGCUGGGUUACCUGAACUGUUCUGUAGAGCAUUGGUACAGAUUAUAUACUAAACAGUAAUGAAUGUCUUAAUCGUGAGACAGUAUGAAAACUCAUCAGUAACAAGUGGAGUUCAGUCUUAAGGUGACUUCAAUGUUUUAUAUUUGCUGUUGAGUUCUGCAGUGAACAAAUCCUUUCAGAAUUGGAGUCGUAGGUUCGCUGAGUAAGCAAUUUGCAGUCAUCUUGUCAUACGUGUUACAUAUAAAACUAUUUUAACUUACAUUGUUUGCUGCCUCUAAACUUCAGUUCGAGGACUUUCUGGUUUUUAUUGGCUGGUUUCAAUCUGAUCUUUCUGUUGGAAACUCACUGGGGUGGGAGUAAAGCACAGCAUCCUGCAGCAGAAAGCACUUUAAGCUCUGUCAUGUGAAUGAUGAAUCCAAGGUAUGCAGUAUACUGAACACUUAUCUUGGAUCUUUCUAAAUCAUACAUACCACUUCUGCACCUCUUGGGGUUCUCACUGCCUUCCUCUCAGCAGUGUAACUGGAGGUCAGACACAGGAAAAUAAAUCCUACUCUGCUUUUCAGCUCUGUUUCAGAGAAAUGUGUCUGUCUCCGGCUACACUAAGUGUCUGCCCGAGCUUUCCUAUUCUAGCAUACUUGUGUGUGUCUACUGCAGGACCUUCUCAAGCUAUCCAGUAACUGUAGAGCAAAUCUCAAAGCAAAGGAAAUGGUUUUUCAGUCGAUGCAGGUUUGUAAAUAAAACCAGUCCCCCUGAGCUACUGCCUGGAACUUUUUCCCUCAGCAGAAGUGCUCCUUUGUUUUUACAGUUUCUAACUUCUUAGCUCACAGUAUCCAUGCAGCUUGAGUAGUGCAUGUCUGAUUCCACUGUGGUAUUUAACAUGCACCUAUAGCACUCCUGACACUAAAUUCUAAUGCAUUUACUUCUUCUGCCAAUAAAAAUGUAAAUAUAUUGGCUUAGAAUACACACUCAGUAGUAUGCUGUGAAACACAAACUGCAAAAGAGUAUCUGCUUGUUCUUGUGGCUAAGCCAACAUUUCAGGUGUUGGAAAAGAAAUAAAUUGUUCUGUUGGUUUGAA